CUUUUCAUCAACAAAGUGAGCAAUAAUACAUUCAAUAGAGGAAAGAUAUAAAAGGUCAUCAGAUAGAGGCAAAACCUGAAGGACCAAAGAUCUGCAAUUAAUAAUAGCGUCUGGUUCUUCAUUCUUAGUCUUAUUAACAAUUGUCAAACCAGUGUGCACUCUAAUGGAAACAUGGAGGGUCUUCUUCAAUGGAGUUUAUACUAGAGCCUAUCAUGGAAUUCGUAAAGUGUUUGGGGAGGUCAUCCUGUACUUAUCUAGAUUAUCACUUAAACUUUGAUGAAGCUGUGAGUAAUUUGAGAAGAGAAUGGGGAGCUCUGAAUAGUCGAAAAGAUGAUAUAAAUUUACAAGUACAAACUGACGUCCUUCCUUUGGGGAAAGAAGUGAAACAUGAAGUACAAAGUUGGCUUGAUCAUGUGCAAGAAAUCAAUAAUGAAGUGCAAGCUAUUCAAGGAAAGAUUCAGAAAGUGAAGUGGUACUCACGGGGCCGUGUUGGAAGACUUGUUUGCAAGAAAAUUGAGGUGGUGAAAAACAUCCAGGAACAAGGUAGUUUUCCUAAUGGUCUCGUAGUUGAUAAACCUCCCCCUGGAAUUAUCAUGCCAAUUGAGAAAGUAGUGGGUGAAACUUUUGCAAAAGAAAAAAUUUGGGGAUACUUGAUGGGAAAUGAGGUUGGAAUGAUUGGGGUUUGUGGGAUUGGUGGGGUUGGAAAGACAACCAUUAUGAAAAAUAUCAAUAAUGAAUUGGUGAGGCACACUAAGUUUGAUAAAGUGAUUUGGGUCACUGUAUCUUACCCACUUGAUGUAACCAAAUUACAAGAAAACAUCGCUCAUGCUUUUGCUGUGGAACUCCCAAAAGGCGAGGACAAAGAGAGGUGGGCGGCUGAAUUGAUGAGCAUUAUGGGAAGAGAGUCUCUUAACUUAUUCUUAGAUAAAGUUGGGAGUCAUACUAUAGAAGUUCCAAACUUAGAAAGAAUCUUGAAGCUCAUUGUCCAGGAGUGUGGUGGCUUACCGCUAGCCAUUGUUGUGAUAGCAGAGAGUAUGAAGGGAGAAGAAGAUGUGAAAGUGUGGAAUAAUGCCCUAACUGAAUUGCGGGAACGGGUAAAGAGUGUGACUGGUUCAGAUCAAGAGAUAUUUAAGAGGUUAAGGUUUAGUUAUGAUCGUUUGAAUAAUUCUGAAAUCCAAAAUUGUUUUCUUUAUUGCUCCUUGUUUCCCGAAGAUUAUCCAUUUUUGAGAAAAGAGUUGAUAGAAGGGUGGAUUGAUGAAGGACUAAUUGAUGUGUUGCCUAGAAGAAAAGCAGCUUAUGAGAGAGGCCAGGCUUUUUUAAAUAAGCUAGUAAAGAAUUGCUUGUUAGAGAAAACUGUUAAUUGGGGUCGUGAUGUUUUCAAGAUGCAUGAUGUACUGAGAGACAUGGCUAUCAAAAGCAUCGGUCCUGAAUUUGGAUAUAUGGUAAAAGCUGGUAUGAAAUUGACAGAGGUACUAGAUAAGAGUGGAUGGGGAAAUGAUCUUAAGAAGGUGUCUCUAAUGAAGAAUAACAUAUCAAAAAUUCCCCUUGGGUUGUGCCCAAAGUGUCCAACUCUUUCAACUUUGAUAUUGUCAAAUAAUCGAAGUUUGUUAGAGAUCCCAGAAUCCUUCUUUGAAGGUAUGCCUGAACUGAAGGUUCUUGAUCUUUCUGAAACUGGCAUUGAAGCUUUACCUAAUUCCAUCUCAAACUUGGAGAAGCUCUCUUCCAUGAGGUUAAGGGGGUGUUGGAGGUUAAGAUAUAUGCCUUCUUUAGCAAAGCUUAUAGCAUUAAAGAAAUUAGAUCUGAAUGAUUCCAGGAUUGAGGUGGUCCCUCAAGGCAUGGAGAAAUUGAUUAGUCUCGAAUAUCUUGAUUUAAGUGGAUGUAGAUAUCUAAAAGAGAUUCCAAUGGGAAUGUUAUCAAACCUUUCCAAUCUCCAAUACUUGUCAGUUUAUGAAGGAUUGAAGAUAAAAGGAGAAGAGGUUGCGAGAAUGAGCAAGUUGGAGACCUUUGAAGGUAUAUUCAAUGACAUACAAAGCUACAAUUAUUUUGUCAAGUCUCAAGAUUUCCAAAUUCUUACUGAUUACCAUAUGGAAGUAGGAAAAAGACUCAAAGGAUCGCCGACUACUCCAGGGGAAUCUGUGGUUAGUAUUAUUGAUUGUGACUUAGGAGAAGAAUGUAUAGUGCUUCCAGAUAACCUUAGCAGUUUAAUGAUCUGGGGGUGUGAAAACAUGAGAAGCAGCUUAAAUAAAGCAGCUUUGUUAGAAAAGGCAACCGAGUUGAGAUCCUGUUUUAUUAGGCUUUGUGAAGAUAUGGAGUGUGUGGUUGACUUGAACUCAUCCUCCUAUCCAGUACUGGAUAAGCUUGAAGAGCUGUAUCUUGAGAAAUUGCCUAAAUUGAGUGUGCUUGUGAGAGUGGAAGGAGUAGCAACACCACCGCACGUCUUUUCCAAUCUUAAAAGGCUUUAUAUUAGCUGGUGUUUCGAAAUCAGGAAGUUGCUUCCACUUGAGCUGCUGCAGGCCUUCCAAAACUUAGAGGAGAUUCAUGUUUUUGAGUGCACACAAAUGGAGGAGAUAAUAACAUCAUCAGAUUCAGAUGCAUCAUCGGAUAAAUUCACUUUUCCCAAGUUAAGGAUAUUACACUUGUGGGAUUUACCCCAAUUGAAGAGCAUCUGCAGUGCCAAAGGAGUUAUGGUUUGUGAUUCUAUUGAAGAAAUUUGGAUACAGGGAUGUCGGGAGUUAAAGAGGAUCCCUGUGCAGCUUCCCCUGCUUGAUAAUGGCCAACCAUCUCAUCUCAGAGAAAUCAAGAUAGAUGAAGAGUCAAAAGAAUGGUGGGAAUCAGUGGAGUGGGAUCAUAAGAACCUACUUCACCCUUUCUUGAAAUAUUCGUCGCAGUGAUAAUUGAGAGUAUGAAUUGAGUGAAAUAAACGAUCAUGAUCCAGAGUACGAAAUCGUCAAGUUAAAUUUCUAGGUUUAUUCAACAUUCCUUCCAGUUCAUGGUAGCGGACGGCUAGGAUGAGCGGCAACAUUACGUUUGUGU